UCUCUCUGUAUAAAUCUUCUCUCAUCACACUGCAUUAGCCAUUCCAUCACUCAGCACCACAGCCAAAUUUCUCUACUCUUCUUCCAUUUUCUUGCCCUUUGAAUUUUCUUGAUUUUCUCGCUUACGAGAUGGAGAGCAAAGAGGAGGAUGUGAAUCUGGGUGCCAACAAGUUCUCGGAGAGGCAGCCGAUCGGGACGGCGGCGCAGAGCCAGGACAAGGACUACACGGAACCACCACCGGAGCCGCUUUUCGUGCCCAGUGAGCUGACGUCGUGGUCCUUCUACAGAGCUGGGAUUGCUGAGUUCAUUGCCACUUUUCUGUUUCUGUAUGUGAGCAUUCUGACUGUUAUGGGGGUUAACAAGUCUGACUCCAAGUGUUCGACAGUCGGAAUUCAGGGAAUUGCUUGGGCGUUUGGUGGAAUGAUCUUUGCCCUUGUUUACUGCACUGCUGGAAUUUCAGGUGGACACAUCAACCCUGCUGUGACGUUCGGGCUAUUCUUGGCGAGAAAGUUGUCGUUGACGAGGGCGUUGUUCUACAUGGUGAUGCAGUGCCUGGGAGCCAUCUGCGGGGCUGGUGUGGUGAAGGGGUUCGGCAAGACCCUCUACCAGACCAAGGGCGGUGGUGCCAACGUGGUUGCACACGGCUACACCAAGGGCGACGGCCUUGGUGCCGAAAUUGUUGGUACUUUUGUUCUUGUUUACACUGUCUUCUCUGCUACUGAUGCCAAGCGCAGCGCUAGAGACUCCCACGUCCCUAUAUUGGCACCAUUGCCUAUUGGGUUUGCCGUGUUCUUGGUGCACUUGGCGACCAUCCCUAUUACCGGCACCGGUAUUAACCCUGCACGGAGUCUUGGUGCAGCCAUCAUCUACAACAAGGAUCAUGCCUGGGAUGAUCAUUGGAUAUUCUGGGUCGGACCGUUCAUCGGGGCAGCACUUGCAGCUCUAUACCACCAGGUGGUGAUCAGGGCCAUCCCCUUCAAGUCCAAGUGAUUAUCCUAUAUUCCACUACAUGAAAGCAAUCCCUUCUGCUCAUCAUGAGCAUACUGUUAUGAUCAUUUCAUGAAGAUGAAGACGUGAAAAGUUCUGUUGUAUUUUUCUAUUUCCCUAUUGUUUGGCUUGUGAUUUUGUUGUCUGUAUAUGAAUCUUAUCCAUGUGAGAUGCCAAUUAUGUGAUGGGGCAAUGCUGUCGUCAAAGAGUGUUUUUUAAUCAAAGUUCAACAGAAGAGUAGGUUGGCUUUGGUGUCAUUGUAAAUGAGAGAUUGUUGUAAUAAAAUAAAUUAUAGCACAA